AUGCUGGCUGGUGCUGCUGCUGGUGGUGGUGCUGGUGGUGGUGCUGGUGGUGGUGCUGGUGGUGGUGCUGGUGUUGGUGCUAGUGGUGGUGCUAGUGGUGCUGCUAAUGCUGGUGCUGGUGCUGGUGCUGGUGCCUGUGGCAGUGCUUGUGCUGAUGCUUGUACUAGUGCUUUUGCUAGUGCUGGUGCUUGUGCUAAUGCUGGUGCUUCUGCUGGUUCCGGUUCUUGUACUGGUGCUGUUGCUUUUGCUGGUUCUUGCGCUUCUUUUCGCGCUUGUGCUGGUUUAGUGCCGGUGCUGAUGCUGGUGCCGUUGCUGGUUCAGUUGUUUGUGCUGGUACCGGUGCUUAUGCUGGCUGCUGCUGGUGCUGGUGCUGGUGCUGGUGCUGGUGCUGGUGCUGGUACCUGUGCCGUUGCUUUUGCUGAUGCUGGCAUUUGUGCCUGUCCUGGUGCUUGGGCUGGUGCUUGUGCUGAUGGUGUGCUGGCAUUUGUGCCUGUCCUGGCUGGUGCUGGUGCUGGUGCUGGUGCUGGUGCUGUUGCUGGUGCUGGUGCUGGUGCUGGUACCUGUGCCGUUGCUUUUGCUGAUGCUGGCAUUUGUGCCUGUCCUGGUGCUUGGGCUGGUGCUUGUGCUGAUGGUGGUGCUGGUGCUUGUGCUCGACCCAGUGCUGGAGCUGUUGCUAGUGCUGGUGCCUGUGCUUUUGCUGGUGGUGGUAUUGGUGCUGGUGCUGGUGACUGUGCUGGUGCUGGUGGUGAUAUUGGUACUGGUGACUGUGCGUUUGUUGGUUCUCAUACCGGUGCUUCUGCUGAAACUUGCGCCAGUACCAUUGCUUGUGGUGGUGCUGGUGCAGGUGCAGUGCUGGAGAUGGCUUGUGCUGGCGCUUGUGAUUGUGCCUGUACUGGUGCUGGAGCUGAUGCUGGUGCUAGUGCUUGUGCUGGUGAUGGUGCUGGUGAUGGUGCUGUUGGUGGUGCUGGUAGUGGUGCUCGAACUAGUGCUUGUGCUGGUUCUUAUGCUGUUGCUUGUACUGGUGCCGAUGCUGAUGCUUGUGAUGUUGCUGGUGCUUCUGCUGGUGCUCGUACCGGUGCUUCAGCCCGUACCGGCAUUUGUGCUGGUGCUUAUACUAGUUCUUGUACUGCUGAUGCUGAUGCUGGUGCUUCUUCUGGUGCCUGUGCUGGUGCCUGGGCUUGUGCCAGUGAUGAUGCUGGCGCUUGUGCCUGUCCUGGUGCUUGGCAGUGA